AUGGCGGCGUCUGCCCGCCGCCUGUGCCAUAUCGCUUUCCACGUGCCUGCGAAGCAGUCACUCACCCGGGACCUGCAGCGCCUCUUCGGCUUCCAGCUCCUGGCGGCGCGGGAGGCAGACGGCUGGCGGCAGCUAGCCCUGCGAAGCGGAGACGCAAUCUUUUUGGUGAACGAGGGCGCGGGGCCCGGGGAGCCGUUGUACGGCUUGGACUUGCGUCAUGCUGUGCCCAGCGCCGCAAACCUUUGCUUCGAUGUGGACGAUGCGGCGGCCGCCGCCCGAGCACUAACUGCUCAAGGUUGCAGCAUACCGUUCCCCCCUGUUAGGGUGCAGGAUGUGCACGGUGCAGCCAUUUACGCAGUGGUAAACUCGCCGGUCAGCAACCUCAGCCUUACGUUGCUGGAGCGCGCAGGCUACUGCGGACCCUUCCUCCCUGGUUUUGGACCUGUGCCCUCUGUGCCAGGGCCGGGUUGGGUCAGCCACGUGGACCACCUGACCCUGGCCUGCACUCCCGGCAGCUCUCCCACACUGAUGCACUGGUUCCAAGAUUGCCUGGGCUUUCGCCACCUACCGUUGAGCCCAGGGGAGGAUCCCGAGGUAGGCCUAAAAGUGACUGCGGGUGUUGGAUGCGGGGGGCUGCGGCUCACAGCCCUGCAGCCCCCGAUAGGCAGUGCUGCCCCUACCCUCGUGCUGGCUGAGUCUCUGCCGGGGGCCGACAGCAGGGCGGAUCAGGUGGAGCAGUUCCUGGUCCGGCACCAGGGGCCGGGCCUGCAGCACGUGGGUCUGUACACGCUUGACAUCAUGGAGGCCACUGAAGGGGUGACAGCGGCGGGGGGCCAGCUCCUGACUCCUCCUGAGGCUUACUACCAACAGCCAGGCAAGGAAGGCCAGAUCCUAGCUGCAGGUCACAAGCCUAGCCUGCUAGCCCAACAGGGGAUCCUGCUAGAUGGCAAUGAAGGCAAGUUCCUGCUUCAGGUCUUCACCAAGUCCCUCUUUCCUGAGGACACCUUCUUCCUGGAGCUGAUUCAGAGGCAGGGUGCCACAGGCUUUGGCCAGGGCAACAUCAGGGCCCUGUGGCAGUCGGUGCAGGAGCAAGCUGCCAGGAGCCAUAAAGCCUGA